AUGAUCUUCUCCAAGCUCCUCACGAGCGUCUUGCUGGCGCUCCCUGCCAUCGCGGCUCCAGCACCUCAGGCAUCCACUGCGGCUGCUUCAGGUAGCAGCAGCUACUGGGUCGCCGACAUUGCCAGGAACGGAAGCCCAGCCUUCGGUGAUGCGGGCUACAAGGUCUUCCGAAACGUCAAGGACUACGGUGCCACCGGUGAUGGAGCGACCGAUGACACUGCGGCCAUCAACAAGGCCAUCUCAGAUGGCGGCCGAUGUGGCCAAGGUUGUGGGUCAUCCACGACCACCCCUGCCAUCGUCUACUUCCCUCCCGGCACCUACAUGGUUAGCGAGCCAAUCGUGCAAUACUACUACACUCAGCUUGUUGGUGAUGCUGUUACGCUCCCCACCUUGAAGGCAAUGGCAUCUUUUGAGGGUAUGGCUGUGAUUGAUGCCGAUCCCUACAACUAUGAUGAUGGCAGCAACUGGUACACCAACCAGAACAACUUUUUCCGCCAAAUUCGAAACUUCAAGAUCGAUCUCACUGGGCUCGACCAGUCCAAGGGUGCUGGCAUUCACUGGCAGGUGGCCCAGGCGACCUCGCUGCAGAAUAUCGAGUUCAACAUGGUCCAGGGAGGCGACGCUGCUAACCAGCAGAAGGGAAUCUUCAUGGACAACGGCUCCGGCGGUUUCAUGACUGAUCUGUCCUUCAUCGGUGGCGGUAUCGGCAUGUUCAUCGGUAACCAGCAGUUCACCACGCGCAACCUGACCUUCAGCAAGUGCAACACGGCAAUCUACAUGAACUGGAACUGGGUCUGGACGCUCAAGGAUGUUACGAUUGACAGCUGCGGACUGGGUCUUGACCUGAGCACAGGUGGCCCCGGUGCGCAGACUGUUGGCUCCGCUCUGUUCCUCGACAGCACCAUCACCAACACCCCAAUUGGCGUCAACUCCUCGUACGCAACUACCCAGACCGGCACGAACGGAACUCUGAUCAUCGAGAACGUCGACAUGACCAAUGGUGUGGACAUUGCCGUCAAGGACUCUAGCAGCGGCGCAACCAUCCUAGCAGGCAAACAGAAGGUGGCCAGCUUUGUGCAGGGAAACUCCGUCUCAGGAGCCGCUACUGCUGUCAAGGCUGUCCAGGCUACCCAGGAUGCCGUCACCAAGCCUGAUUCUCUGCUCAACUCAGCCGGUGCAGUCUUCACCCGCAGCAAGCCUCAGUAUGAGAACGUCCCCGCGGCCAACUUUGUCUCAGUCAAGUCCUCAGGCGCCAAGGGUGACGGAUCGACCGAUGACACCGCUGCUAUUCAGAAGGCCAUGGAUAGCUUGACUACCGACCAAAUCCUGUACUUCGAUCACGGCGCAUACAUUGUCACCGACACCAUCAAGGUCCCUAAGGAUAUCAAGAUCACCGGCGAGAUCUGGCCCUUGAUCAUGGCCAAGGGCGACAACUUCGCAAACAUGGAGAACCCUCGCGCCGUCUUCCAGGUCGGCCAACCCGGUGACACAGGUGCCGUUGAGAUGAGCGACCUCAUGUUCGAGACUGUUGGUGCUGCUCCUGGUGCCAUCAUGAUUGAGUGGAAUCUCAAGGCUUCUUCUCAAGGCGCGGCCGGCAUGUGGGACGUUCACAACCGAAUUGGUGGCUCUGCUGGCACCAACCUGCUGGUCGGACAAUGCGCCAAGAACAACGGCACGACCCACGAUGCCAAUCCGGCCUGCGAAGGUGCAUUCAUGAUGAUGCACAUCACCAGCUCUGCCUCUGACGUCUACCUGGAGAACACAUGGUUCUGGGUUGCCGACCACGACCUCGAGCCUACUGCCAACUCGGCCCAGAUCGACAUCUACAACGGCCGUGGUGUGCUGAUCGAGUCCCAAGGCCCCGUCUGGUUGUACGGUACCUCAUCUGAGCACUCCGUACUCUACAACUACCAGCUCGUGAACGCCUCGGCCGUCUACAUGGCACUUAUCCAGACCGAGACUGCCUAUUUCCAGGGCAACCCUGCCGCACCGGCGCCCUUCACCGUCAACGCGACCUGGAGCGAUCCCAGCUUCGAGGGCGCCACAUCCAAGACUGCCGCUCGCACAUGGGGCCUCCGUGUCGUGGACUCCAAGGAUGUCUUCGUGUACGGUGCCGGUCUGUACUCGUUCUUCGACGACUACAACCAGGAGUGUCUGGUCGGUGAGAACUGCCAGGACAACAUGGUGUCGCUCGAGAGCUCGACGGUGCACCUGUUUGGUCUGUCCACCAAGGCCUCCACCAACAUGGUGACUGUCGACGGCGAGUCGAAGGCGCUCGACGCAGACAACCGCAGCACUUUCUGCGCUACGCUCAGCUACUUCACCAGCCAGGCUUAG